UUCUGUUGUGAUCGAUAUAAUCGGUUUAACGCUGAUACUGAUUUUAUAAAGACGUGCAGUAAUUUAAACCUUUUAAAAGUGGGAUACCGAACACAUGUCCCCAGUCACAGUCAGUAACAAAGCAACUAAACAUAUAAAAUCACGUUGGAUCCAGACGCCAGGGUAUAGCCCGUCCGCUUAUGCCUUGGUCGACGGAAGUAAACCGCUAACUACGCGGCGCACUUGUUUUGGUUCACUCCGGUUACCGCAGACGCGCUUGGACGCCAUCGGAAUUCACUUCCUGUUCGCACUCAACGGGGUUAGUGCACUGAUUCAAACGCCAACUCUCUCCACAGUCAGGCUUUAAAAAGCUGGACCAGGCAGACGCAGCCCCAGCUGAACUCCGGUUCUGGAAGCUGCUUGGGCCGAGUGGGUCCUGGCGUUAAUUCGGCAGUGGACCGCUCCGGACCGGUCGGCCCGCUCCCCCGCCGGACCCUUCUGGAAGCUCUGAUUGAAAGCAGGCUGGGCCGAGGCGUUUCGGUCCGGUCCCGGGACGGGAGGAAUCGAUAACGCUCCUCAGUCACAUACGGAAGAUUACUCAUGACAAGCUGUACGUGAUUCUUCAGCAGACCACUCACCCCCUCAGUUGAUCACCUGUGAAGACUGCAGAUCAGAGCACAUGACCGGCAUCGACGGGGAGGCCCAGUUGCCUUGAGGAGAGGCGUGAUCUGAGGCGCUGGCGGGAAGAGGACCAUGGCGCAUAGCAACGGGAACGGCGACCUUCUCCUCGGCAACGGGGGCGUCCCGGCAGCGGGCGGCAUCGCCACGGCGACGGCGGUGGGACCCGAGGCGGACGGCGGCACGCUGCGCGGGAAGGUCAGCCAGAACGGCGGCGUGAAGCACAACGGGCUGCUCCGCCCACACCCCGCCCCCAGCCCCGCCGACACGCCCAAACCGCCCCCCUGCUGCCACCGCUGCCCCUUUCACCCGCCGCUCUGCUGCCACGGCAACCAGCAGGAGUGCCACAUCUUCCAGAACCGGUCUCCGGUCCACCCGGCGCCCUGCUGCCUGCAGCAGCACCGCGCCCAGGACCACUUCCAGAACCCGCCCGGCCCACUCAACAUGGCCAGCAUGAGCUCAAGACCAUUUAGAUUCCCCAAAAGUUAUGCUGCGCUGAUAGCUGAUUGGCCGGUGGUGGUACUGGGCGUGUGCACUGUCCUCAUAGGAGUCUGUGCCUUGGUGGGGGUCCUGGUUCCGGAGCUCCCAGACUUCUCUGACCCCCUGCUGGGGUUUGAGCCACGCGGCACAGCCAUUGGUCAGCGCCUGGUCACAUGGAACAACAUGGUGAAGAACACCGGCUACAAAGCCACCCUGGCCAACUACCCCUUCAAAUACGCCGACGAACAGGCCAAGAGUCACCAGGAGGACCGGUGGCUGGAGGAGCACUUGGACAGAGACAAGCGGCAGGUGGAGUGGGACUUCAGCAAAGACAGCUUCUUCUGCGACGUUCCCGGGGACCGCUACUCCAGACUGGUGUUCAGCUCUGCGGAGGGGAAGAACCUGUGGAAUGUACAAGCAAUCAAAUCCAUGUGCAGUUUGGACAACACGCGGGUCCGGUCGCACCCGCAGUACUGGAAGCUGUGCCAGCGGACCUCCGAUGCCUCCUGCUGCCCCAGCUGGACGCUGGGCAACUACAUCGCCGUCCUCAACAACAAGUCGUCGUGCCAGAAGAUCACGGAGCGCGACGCGUCCCACACGCUGAAGGUGCUGCGCUCCUGCGCCAAGUUCUACCACAACGGCACGCUGGGGCCCGACUGCUGGGACACGGCCGCCCGCCGCAAGGACCAGCUCAAGUGCGCCAACGUGCCGCGCAAGUGCACCAAGUACAACGCCGUCUACCAGAUCCUCCACUUCCUGGUGGACAAGGACUUCCUGGGGCCCAAGGCGGGGGACCCGCAGGCCCCGUCGCUGAGGUACAGCAUGCUCUUCUCCCCCACGGAGAAGGGCGAGACCAUGAUGGACAUCUACCUGGACAACUUCGAGAACUGGAACGCCUCGGACGGCGUGACCGCGGUGACGGGAAUCGAGUUUGGGAUCAAGCACAACCUGUUCCAGGACUACCUGCUGACGGACACGGUGUACCCGGCCAUCGCCAUCGUCAUCGUCCUGGCGGUCAUGUGCGUGUACACCCGCUCCGUCUUCAUCACCCUCAUGACCAUGUUCGCCAUCAUCAGCUCGCUGAUCGUGUCCUACUUCCUGUACCGCGUCGUCUUCAACUUCCAGUUCUUCCCCUUCAUGAACCUGACGGCGCUCAUCAUCCUGGUCGGGAUCGGCGCGGACGACGCCUUCGUCCUCUGCGACGUCUGGAACUACACCAAGUUCGACCGGCCCGACGCCGAGCUGUCGCGGACGGUGGGCGUGACCCUGCAGCACGCCGCCCUCUCCAUGUUUGUCACCAGCUUCACCACCGCCGCCGCCUUCUACGCCAACUACGUCAGCAACAUCACCGCCAUCCGCUGCUUCGGGGUCUACGCCGGCACCGCCAUCCUGGUCAACUACAUCCUGAUGGUCACCUGGCUGCCGGCGGUGGUGGUCCUGCACGAGCGCUACCUGCUCAACCUCUUCACCUGCUUCCAAACGCCGCCGCACAGUAGCCGGGCCUACAGCACCAAAAGCUUCUGGAACUUUCUCUGCCAGAAGGUGGACAAGUGCCUCUUCACCGCCUCCGAGGUCUCCCGGAUCUUCUUCGAGAAGGUCUUGCCCUGCGUGGUGAUCAGGUUCCGCUACGUCUGGCUCUUCUGGUUCCUGGCCUUCACGGUGGGCGGGGCCUACGUGGUCUGCAUCGACCCCAAGAUGAAGCUGCCCUCGCUGGAGCUGUCCGAGUUCCAGGUGUUCCGCUCCUCCCACCCCUUCGAGCGCUACGACGCCGAGUUCAAGAAGCUCUUCAUGUUCGAGCGCGUCCACAAUGGCGAGGAGCUCCACAUGCCCAUCACCAUAAUCUGGGGCGUCACCCCCGUGGACAGCGGGGACCCCCUCAACCCCAAAAACAAGGGCAAGCUCACGCUGGACGCCACCUUCAACGUGGCCACCCCGGCCUCCCAGACCUGGAUCCUCAACUUCUGCCAGAAGCUGCGGAACCAGAGCUUUGUGCACCAGUCGGACGAGCAGGACUUCACCAGCUGCUUCAUGGAGACCUUCAAGCAGUGGAUGGAGAACCAGGACUGCGAGGAGGCGCUCGUCUACCCCUGCUGCAGCCAGUCCGUCUUCCCCUACAAGCAGGACGUCUUCGAGCUCUGCAUCAAGAGGGCCAUCAUGGAGCUGGACCGCAGCACCAUCUACCACCUGGACAGCAAGACGCCCGGCCCCAGGUUCGACAUCAACGACACCAUCCGGGCGGUGGUGCUGGAGUUCCAGAGCACCUACCUGUUCACGCUGGCCUACGAGCGGAUGCACCAGUUCUACCGGGAGGUGGACGUGUGGAUCCAGGAGGAGCUGAAGUCCGCGCCCCCGGGGUUGAGCUACGGCUGGUUCGUCAGCAACCUGGAGUUCUACGACCUGCAGGACAGCCUGUCGGACGGCACGCUGGUCGCCAUGGCGCUGUCGGUGGCGGUGGCGUUCAGCGUGAUGCUCCUGACCACCUGGAACGUGGUGAUCAGCCUGUACGCCAUCGUGUCCAUCGCCGGGACCAUCUUCGUGACGGUGGGGUCGCUGGUGCUGCUGGGCUGGGAGCUGAACGUCCUGGAGUCGGUCACCAUCUCGGUGGCGGUGGGGCUGUCGGUGGACUUCGCCGUGCACUACGGCGUGGCCUACCGCCUGGCCCCCGAGCCCGACCGCGAGGGGAAGGUGGUCUUCUCCCUGAGCCGGAUGGGCUCGGCCAUCGCCAUGGCGGCGCUCACCACCUUCGUGGCGGGGGCGAUGAUGAUGCCGUCCACCGUGCUGGCGUACACCCAGCUGGGCACCUUCAUGAUGCUGAUCAUGUGCGUGAGCUGGGCCUUCGCCACCUUCUUCUUCCAGUGCAUGUGCCGCUGCCUGGGGCCGCAGGGCACCUGCGGGCAGAUCCCGCUGCCCAAGGGGCUGCGCUGCCACGCCCUCUCGCCCGACGGCCCCGCCCCCUCGCUGCCCGCCGCCGGGAAGCUGUGCCGCGGCGAGGUGGAGCACGAGCACUACGAGCUGGAGCCGCUGGCGUCCGCCACAGACGCCGGGCGCGCGGACGGGUCCGCCGGCGACGAGGCGCAGGUGUGCCCCCGGCUCUACAGCGGGACCCCCGAAAACGGGCUGCCUGCCCUGUCUGAGCCGGUGCGCCCCUGCCAGUACUCCUGUGGGGACCCCCAGCCGGUCAGGGGCGCGCCGUGGACGCCCCACUCGUGCUCUCGGAUCGGGGACAUCCCCCCGCCCUGCCCCGGCUCGUGUGCGCCCCCCGGUGGCCUCCCCCUGCAGGGGCGAGCCUUGCUCUCCGCCCUGGAGUGCCACGCCCACUACCUCCACCACGCCCCCGCGCACCACCUGCCCCGGCAGCACCACCCCCACUGCCCCUCGGGCUUCGGGCAGAGACCCGCCCCCCAGGCCUGCCACCUCAGGAACUACUGCGUGCACAUGGUGCAGCUGCAGCAGUCUCCCGACCACCAGGGGGCGCCGGACUCCACCGGCCCUGCCGCCGAAGAGCCCCAGAGGUCGGGCAGGCCUCAGUGCUCGGGCGCUAAUGGCGCCGUUAGCCCCGCCCCGGCGGCAAAGACUCUCACGGCGGGGGGGUGCGCGGGAAACCAUGUGACGCAGGCCGGCGGCGACCGACCGCCAGAGCCGGCCGAUUCCCGCCAGGAGGGGGCGGGGCCCCGCGAACGGCCGGCCGCGAACUCCUGCCCCGCGCAGAAGGAGGGCGCCCCCAAGAGGUGCAGGCCGAAGCGCAAGGAGAAGAGGGCCAAGGCCCCCUCCGCCAAAAAACUGUGUUUCAGCAGGACUCUGAAAGAUAAGUGCAAUUCUCUGGACUCGCAUCACACGCCAAAACCGGAACCCGCAGUGCCUGCACUUCCUGUGACCUCACAGCCCUCCUCCGAGAGCCGGUGCUGAAUAUUAAACGCUUAUACAGGAAAACUUUAAAAAAAAAACACUAUGGAGUAAAUUUAUGAAUAAAUUUUGUUAUAUGAA